ACUUUUGACAACAAAUCCAUUAAUUGAAGGAAAUGCUUUUAUGGCAGAUCUCCCUAUUGCCACAUCUCCUUUAACUUUUGGAAAGGAACCAAUGUCAUCUAGCCCACCAAAUCCGAUUAUUGGAGCUUCUAGGACAAAACCACUUGUUCUAAAUGCUGGUGUUACUCAAGUUGUCAAGUCAAUCACUGAGGUUGAAGACAAGGCAAUUAAAGUAAAGGUGCAAUUGAUGGAGGAAACACUAAAAUCGAUACAAGGUGUCCAAAACAAUAAACCGAUUGACAUCUCAUCUCUGUGCCUUUUCCCAAACAUUCAACUGCCACAUAAGUUCAAAUUGCCUAAAUUCGAUAAGUACAAUGGCACUAGUUGUCCUUAUGCUGACUUGACAAUGUAUUGUAGGAAGAUGAAUCCUUAUGCCAGUGACAAGAAGCUAAUGAUACAUUACUUUUGGGAUAGUCUGAUAGGCCCUGCAGAUGCUUGCUUCUCUACUUUAGACAAAAGUAAGGUCCUGAGUUGGCAUGGUUUGACUCACAAUUUCAUGAAUAGCUUUUAAUAGAGAAGAUCUGCAAAAGAUGGAAAAGAAAUCAAAUGAAAGCUUCAAGGAAUU